AUUCAGUUUUAUUUGAGUUAAACAUGGCGCGCUAUCUCCGUCCUCCUAACACCUCUCUGUUCAUCAGGAAUAUCUCUGACGAGAGCAGAAAAUGUAAAGACAUACAGUUCUGGAGUCCGUCCCUCCAAAGAGUAUUUAAGGGUAAAGGCCGAAGUAGAGUAGAUCAAAGCCAAAGAGCCCGUAAGGAUUCAGGCGCCAAGUGAUAGAGGGGAAAGAGAGAGAGGAAAAGUUAAAGCUCGAAGAUUCAAAGAGGAGAAAAAGAGGGGCACCCCGUUCCAGACAGAGAGGAAAAGAGCUAAAGAUAAAGGGGCAAAGACAAGCGUGAGACCUCGCAAGGCCUUCUGGGAAGCGAUUAAAGAAAAUAAAGGUCAAGCUCAAGGUCAAAGCUCAAGCGUGUUUAAAGGUAACAAGUAUUAAAUGUUGUAUCCUACCAGUUCUGCCUUCUGUUCCAAAGUCUUGCUUCUAUGCCAUGACGUUGAUUCUGAUUUACUUGUCAAAAACCAAAUCGAAACCAGUAGCUGGAUUUUAAUUGUGCGAUUUGCACCAGUCAAUCAAAUCAGCCAACCCCCUCCCUCCUCCCUGUCUCUAUACUGUCCUCUAAUGUUACGUCUGAUUGGAACGAAUGAAACCCGUUGGUGUUGAGUUGAAUGUUCUGGCCUCAGUGUGUUACGAUACAAAGCCUUGACCGCAGCGGCAUGUUCGAGGACGUCCGCGACGCCGAGGACGCCCUGCACAACCUGGACCGGAAGUGGGUCUGCGGACGCCAGAUCGAGAUCCAAUUCGCCCAAGGAGACCGAAAAACCCCGGGUCAGAUGCGGUCUAAAGAGAGGCGUUCUCCUCGCAGUUUCUCCCGGUACGACGACAACGAUCGGGACGGUGGCCGCUCCCGCCGCUCCCGCAGCCGGAGCUACGACAGACGCCGCUCACGCAGCCCGUCGUUCGAGCGCAGGCCUCGGCGCUCGGACAGUCCCAGAGAACGCAGACACCGACGCAGCAGGAGCCGUAACAACGACAGGUCGAGGCGGAGUCGCGGCCACCGCGUCGCCCCCUCCCGCAGCCGCUCGGGCUCGCGCUCCCCCAGCCCCGACUCCAGGCUAAAGAAGAGCAGGAAGCCGAGAUCUGCGUCGGGCUCGCCUCACGCCCUCCCCACAGAGGACGCCACCCAGCCCAGCGGCACGCACGAGGAGGAGGACGCCCGACCCAGAUCGGCCUCUCGGUCCGUCUCUCGCUCGGCCUCGCGCUCGCGGUCCCGAUCCCGGUCGUGGGCCGGUCGCAAAUCCGGCGGCCAUUAGGACUGAACGUGUGAUGUGAUGCGUGUUCCUCUAUACUGUAUCUUAUGUUGAGGGGGGGGCGGGUGUUUGUUCUGAUGGAUUUCGGGGGUUUAACAGAUGACCUGCGUUUUUUAUGCUCAGUGUUUAGGUUUGCUGGGAUGAUCUGGGGGAUUUCGGCUGAGCUGCAGGGUUGACUUUAUUGGGGGGAGGAAAUGGUUUUAGAGCUCUAGUUUGAUCAAAAGGAAUGCUGACGUUUUUACUCAUCUUUGCUCGGUCGUCUCCUAUUCCAUGUAAACUCGUUUAGAUCAGCAGUAUUUUUCAGUCGUCACUUUCUUCUGGCAUCGAAUGUUUUCAUUUCGUGUCUUUAUAUAUUUUUAGUUUUUUAAGCUCCUGUAAAACUUGGUGGGUUUUUUUUCAGUUGGUGAAUAUUUGCUUCAGUUUCUGCUACGUUACAGCGUGAACACGGUCGUGUGGUUCGUCUUUAACGGCGGAUCUGAGAAGAUGAACUUCUGUAUGUUUUUUGGUUUGUCUCAAACUAUUAAAGAUAUUUACAAAACUGCUAAA